ACGACACUUGCGGCUGCUGGGAAUCACGCGCAGGAAACACUAAUGAUCCAGAUCUGAGACCAUGUGACCGAGGGUCUGACGAACCCGGGGUCGCCAACUUUGAACGGACAGAGCGGCUGCUCGGGCUCAUGGUGAAGGAAGAUGUCCCCCCCGCCUCCAGACGCGCUGAGCCACAAGCCCCUGGACGGGGGCUGGGGCUGGAUGGUGGUGAUUGGGGCCCACAUUUCCAUAGGAUUUGCUUACUCGACCCCCAAAGCCCUGUCCAUCUUCUUCAAGGAGAUCCAGGAGGACUUGGGGGCCAGCUACAGUGAAAUAGCCUGGAUCUCCUCCAUCAUGCUGGCUGUCAUGUAUGGAGGCGGACCCAUUAGCAGUGUGCUGGUCAAGCGCUUUGGAAGCCGACCCAUUGUCAUGACAGGUGGACUGAUGUGUGGGGUUUCUAUGGUAACUGCUUCUUUUGCAAGUACCAUCAUUUAUCUCUACUUGUGCAUCGGAGUCAUUGGAGGUUGUGGACUCUCCUUAAACCUGAAUGCAUCGCUCACCAUCAUCAGUGGAUAUUUCCUAGCCAAGCGGCCGUUAGCCAAUGGACUUGUCAUGGCGGGGAGCCCGGUGUUUCUCUGUUUCUUGGCCCCCGUUAACCAAUACCUCCUUGGCCAGUACGGCUGGAGAGGAAGUCUGCUUAUCCUUGGGGGUAUGAUGCUCAAUUGUUGCGUUGCAGGAGCCUUGAUGAGACCUGUAACUCUCCCUUGUAACCUACCAACACAAAAGAAAGAAGAGCAGCCAAUUAAGCCCAAUACUGAUAUAAAAGGAAGCUGUAUGAAGAGCGCUAAGAAGUUUGUAGAUUUAUCCUUUUUCAAGGAUAGAGGCUUUGUCAUUUACCUCAUAGGAAAUGUCAUGUACAUCUUUGGUGCCUAUGCGCCCAUUGUGUUUCUUUCAGCCUAUGCCGUUAGCCAGGGCGUGGACGAGUACUCUGCAGCGUAUCUGCUCUCUAUCAUGGGAUUUGUAGACAUGUUUAUCCGUCCUGGCACCGGCUUUUUAGCCAACACCAAAUGGAUCAGGCCGAGAAUCCAGUAUUUCUUCAGCCUCGCCAUGGUUUUCAACGGUACAUGCCAUCUGCUGUGCCCUCUGAUGACGAGCUACUCCCUGCUGGUGGUCUACGCGGUGUUUUUUGGAGUGGCUUUUGGGAUGGUUUUUGCCAUGAUAUUUGAAUGCCUUAUGGACCUGAUGGGAAACCAACGCUUCCCUAGUGCCGUAGGACUCGUCACCAUUAUAGAGUGCUUCCCCAUGCUGCUGGGACCACCUUCUGCAGGGUUACUGGUGGACGUCUUUGGUGACUACAAGUACCUUUUCUUCAUGUGUGGCACUGUGAUUGUGGCUGGUGGGAUCUUUCUCUUCCUCUUGAACAUCUACAAUUACCACAUGCUGGAAAAGGAGAAGACCAGUAAAAACAAAAAGCAGCAGCAAAACAUUGAGAACCAGGAUGUCACCGAGGCAGCGAUGGAAGUGACUGAGCCUGAAGCCGUAGAGAUGAAGAGCCCACAAGAUCCCUGACUGAUGGCGCAGGCGCUCAUUGAUGCUAGUACGGUCUAGUUCUAGCUUACCCACGGCAUCUUUCCCUCAAGCUCUUGGUUUAAGAAGUGGACCACAGUCAAAGGAGAAGCCUGUUGACUCUCAGUGGAGAUCCAGAUAUACGGUUAGCAGAAGAGUAUUGUUCACUAAUUUCAUAAUAGUCAGUCGUCUGAUAAAUAAGACCAAAAACUCAACUAUAAUUCCAGCAUAUAUUGAUUUUGCCAAAAUGCAGUGUGCAAACAGAUGCACCCAAUGUGAAAAACACCUGGAUGUUGUAUUAUUUCUGAAGCAUAUUCUAGAAUUGAACUACUGUAAGCACAACCACAGCACCCACAACAAUGGUGAAAAAUCACGGUAGUACUGUUGAGUACCACUUUCCAACCUGAAACUCAUUACAAAUGCUGUUGCAUAUUAAGGAUUACAUCAUCAUUAUGAUACAUGACACAGCAUGUUCUGCUCUGUAUUGUAUAGAAUAUGCAUGUUUGAAAAUGGCUUAAGACACUACAGCCAUGUCCUGAGCUCUGUGAGGUUUGGUGCUUUAUACUAAUGUCAUUAACAGCAAAAUAGAUCAUCUUUGAACCGAGGGACUACUUGUAAUAUUAAGCGCCUUUCCAUGACACUUUUGAAGAAAUGAAAAUCAAAUCUCUGAAAGUCUGAUAUAGGUAGCACUGCAGGGUGUCAGUGUUUCUAUUGAUCAUUGUUUUUCGAAUAAGCGUAAUUCCCGUAAGACUUCUCUUCAAAACAACGAAAGAGAAAAUCUCAACAUUGAAGAAAAUGGACUAAAACCUUAGUCUUUGACAAGUUAUUAGCCAGAUGAUGAAGGCAGCGGAUGAUCAUUCAAACUAUUAUUCAGAGGUAAAGCCCUUAUGUAAUGUAUAAUGAUAAAGUAGUGUUACAGGACAACUACAUCAUAUUAAUGAGGCCAAAAACAGCUGGAAACUAGAUUUUGAUUACUUUAGGUUGACCGUCUACGUCACAUCCUGCUGCCAGAGAUGUAAAAAAUUGCAAAAAGUGUUUCUGUUGCACUUUUGCGGUAACUGGAUUAUUGAAUCACCUGAAAAACCACCUCCUGGAAGCGUAAAUAGUUUAUUCGAUAUUUUGGGAGUUUUUUCAAAUUAGUGCCGUUUCCAUCACAGGAUUUCUUUUUCAAUAUUUGGUUUUGCGCAAUUCUUGGGGUAAUGGAAACGCCCUUAUUAAGUGAUUUUCUUUUUUUGUCUCCUUAUUAUCUUAAUACAAUCUGUCUGUGGAAAAAGAAACAUUGAAUCUGAAUGUGAAUAACCUCAGGGCAUGGUCAUGAGAUACAAGUUCAAGGAGACUCUUUAUCCUUUUUGUUCUCUUCUUUUUACACAGGAAUAUCAACAACAAAACCUGUAUCUGUGUGAUAAAGUAUAAUUUAAUAAUCUGCAGCACUCUACAGCGUCUUUUUCUAAACUUCAGUCAGUAUUUAUUAAAUCUGAACUCUCAUACUGUAACAUAUAAACUGAUCCAUCUUCUGCUGUGUAACCCCUCUGUGUUGACAUUUAACUGUGACAUUUGUAAUUUGAGCAAGAAUGGAUUUGUAUUCUGCUAAUUGAUCUGUUCCUGUGUGUUGCUGCUCAUGUGAGUGAGUGUAUUUGUCAGGGGGCUGAGUGACAAUAAGGAAAUGUGUACCACAUUCACCACAUCCAGCUAUUUGGAGAUGAUGGCAGCUUUUUUUUAAUUACUAUGUUUUCAACAAUUUAAGAGUUUCAGGAGAAUUUCUAACGUACGAACACAGUGAACAAUAUAUAAUAAAAUGAAUAGACUCUAUUGUAUCACUAAUCUCAAUAAAACACUUUGUAUUUUA